AAGUCGUGAUUGCGAUGCGCUAGCUACAUUGACUGAGCUUGAGCAUUCGUAAAACCUGGACUUGCACGCCAAAAUCUGUGCACUGCCCUGGAAGACAGCAACUUUGUACUCCAUAAAUAUUAAACGCUCGGUCGUACCUCAAAGCUUUCGGAUUCUCCAAGCAUGGCUUCGGCCAAAGCUGCUCGUGUGGGUGAAGAGGUCUGGAAAACUCGUAUCGACAAAGUCAAUGCCGAACUCGUAACUCUUACCUACGGCACGAUAGUCGCGCAACUAUGCAAGGACUUCGAUAGCGACUAUGCCGAGGUCAAUAGACAAUUGGACAAGAUGGGAUAUAACAUCGGGCUGCGUUUGAUUGAAGACUUUCUCGCCAAAUCCAACACUGGCUCGUGCGCCAACUUCAAAGAGACGGCAGAGAUGAUCUCGAAGGUUGGCUUCAAGAUCUUUCUGAACAUUACACCAACUAUCACAAACUGGACAAGUGACAGCAAGCAGUUCUCCUUGAUCUUUGAGGAGAACCCACUUGCCGACUUUGUGGAACUCCCUGAUGAUGGUAGGGCACAAGACGAGCUUUGGUAUUCGAACAUCCUAUGUGGUGUCCUGAGAGGAGCACUAGAAAUGAUUCACAUGCAAGUAGAAGCACAUUUUAUCAGCGACGUCCUUCGUGGAAACGACACUACAGAAAUGCGGAUCACGCUACUUCGGUAUAUAGAUGACGAGAUGCCGCCCGACGACGAGUGAAGUAUUUCUUCUCAAAUACCAUUGGUAUAGACUAUGUGAGGCAUGUUUGCUGGUGAAAUGGGUGCCGCACGGCGCUGGGAGCUCAGACUAGGGUUCUCCUAUCUGCUCCACAUGUUGCUUCCAGGCUUUAAUCUUGGAUUAUCUGUGUGGCAGUGUCAAAAUAGAUUGGAGAUACCAUGCUCCAAGUGCCAGUUGCCUGAGAGUAGCGUGGACAGCGAGCAGCA